AUGAUCCCAGAUCUCGACCUCAAUCUCCUGUACGGCUGUGUCGAUGCGAAUAUCGGCGAAACGGCCUUGCACGCUGCCGUCCGGGAAAACCACGUCCAUAUCGUCAAAUUCCUUAUCGAAUCUGGCGCUAAUAUUGAGAUGGAGCGUCGAGACCACAUCCGGGAUUUAAGGCCGCUCCACGAAGCAGCCAAGCAAGCCAACCCGGACAUGGUCCGGAUACUUCUCGACGCCGGAGCCGACAUUCAGGCCAAAUUCGACAAUGGCCAUGGCGACGACGGCCUCGCAACGUCCCUGGUUUUAAGGCACAUGGAGCAUCAACGAAACUACUGGCCCCAAGUUGAUUCAGGUCGCUACCGAACACAACGCGACAACUCGCACACUGUUAUGGGAGAGCUUGGUAUCAAAGACCCUGGUGUGGAGGGGUUGUUUAAUCUCGCAUAUUACGGCCCGCGCGGGGCGGUUGUGGACAUGGCGCGUAUGCUGUUUGACGCCGCCAUGACCGACCCUAACCGCGACCCCAACUUCCCCAACACGGAAUGGGUGCAGGAGCAACUUCGCGAAGCUGCCUGCCACAACAACCUCCCUCUUGUGCAGUUUCUGCUCGACAGGGGGGUGGACGUUAACGGGUUGGACCGUUACGGGGAGAGCCCGUUGCUUGCAGCCUGCCUGAGGUUCGGGAUGUGGCGCUCCUCAAGCUACUGCUGGAACGAGGUGCGGAUAAGAACCAUCGUUUCCCUAAACAGCGCCACUAUGCGAGCGGGAGCAAUGCUUACCGCAGAACGAACCUCGAGCAGGGCCAAGCUAGACGAUGUGGUCAGAUUCCUUCUGCAGUCCGGCGUGGACGUUGAGGCUCGAAACACCAAUCGCGAGACCCCGCUGCUCACCCACGCCCGUAAACCAGCGGGAGAAUGGGGCGAUACCCCCUACAACAUCCUUCGUUUGGAGUGCUUCAGGCUCCUCGUGGAAAGCUGCCGGGAUAUCGAUGCGGUUGACAGCAAAUGCAUGUCGGCGAUGCAUCUGAUCGCCUGCAACGCGAAAGACGCGCCGACGGCGAAAAAGGCUGUGGACCUCCUGAUCCAAAAUGGGGCCAACCCUAACAUUCGCGAUCAUGAGGGUGUAACCGGUGCGGCUCGCCUCCAAGCCAAGCUUGGGAUUGAGCUUGACCUUGCUGCCAUCCUGGGCUGGGUUGUUCUUUAG